AUGGGAGAAGUCAACAUCGCGAGCGCUUUAGACUGUAUAAAGGCGUCGACAGCCAAGAGCCAGACGGAAGGCCUAAACGAUCUGAAGCACAUCCUUAGUCACAACCGCCGGAGUGCCAAAGUCGACGACGUGAAAGGAGACUCAUGGCAUACCAUCUACGAAACCCUGUUCCGUUUCAUUACUUCCGAAAGAUCCACGUAUAUGAAAGAAUCCAGGAGUACUAGAAAAAGUGCCUCCGAAACGCGUCUUUCCUUGGGUGCAGAAGUUCUUCGUCUUGUUGUGGAGGUCCACGUAUGCAAGUUGCGGACGAAAACACUCAAGUCACUGCUCGAUCACAUCUUGCAGUCGUUGCCUACCCCAAGAGGCGGCUUUUGCAAGCCGCUGAGCUUGAACUAUACGAGAUGUCUAAGGAUCAUACUCGAAUUCCAGCCCCACGUGGAGCACCUGUCUAACAGCGACUGGAAAGCAAUUGCAAACUUCUGCUUAGAAGCGAUAGCGUCCUUAUGCGGUAUAACAGCGGCUAGCGGCAAUCAUGACGGCAACGAGAGUCCCGCUUCACGGACUCCAGAUGCCUCUGCGCGCACAUCGAGAUCGGGAACGCGUGAGCCUACCAACAGCGAGAGGGGCGGCGGCGAUUCAAAGGGACUCUUAGAGGAACUGACCGGCUGCGUACGGCAGCUUACACGUGCGCCGAAUGCGCCUGUUCUCGACAGUGCCCAGCAGCUACUUGCGACGCUCAUCGGCUUUCUCAAAUCGACGAAGUCGGUAGGGGGACCGCAAACUGAUGCUUUUGCCGCUAUCAAUUCCGUGCUUGCGAGGACGUCCUAUGAGUCCGUGAAAACGACGCAAGGUGCUAUUCAAGAACUCGUUCCUAUCAUCAAAGAUACAUGGUCAACAAAAUUAUCCACUGUAAAAGAUGAGAUGUUGAUCACUUUAAUUCACGGAAAGAGCCAUAUCGAGGCACUGUUCCGUCAAUCCGGUAACGAGCUUUUCCGACGCCAUAUUGAAAACCUUCUUGAAACAAUACAAGUUGAGUACGUCAGACGUCAGGACAGCAAGGAUCUCCUGCAGCUUGAUGACUUGCGGCUCGAGUCUUCAUAUUCGCGGAAGCCCGGUCAGAUUAGCCUUAAGACUGCUGCAUUUUCAUUGCAGAGCCAUUGGAUGAUUGUAUUCUUCAUUGCUUUCUUCGCGACACUCCUCGAUGGCGAACGGGCCAAAGCCGAGCAACAAUGGGUAGGAAAUGAACGGGACCCUAAGAGGAAGAGGCCACGUCUCUCUCUCUUCCUUGACGACUAUUUCCGUCAAUUGUCCGAUCCGCACCCCUCUGGCAAGAUCUCCGCGUUGCAAUUCAUCACCUUCAUAGCGCAUCUUGCACCCUUAGAUGAGGACAGGAUGCUCGAUGUGCUUGACAAAUUGGUCGCGCACGUAGGUGACGAGAAGGGCACAGUAUCGGCCUGGGCCAUGCUUGCGUUAGCAAACUGUGCGUUUCAGAAGGCAGCAAGCACUCCAUCUGUCGCCACUGUGUGGGUGACUGCUUGGCAGAUGGCUGCCAAGGCGAUUUCAGCAGUGUCUUCUUGUAGAGCCGCGUGCCACUUGAUGGACAUCCUGCUACGACUGAAGCUCGUGAACUACGCUGUUGUGGCAGAGCAGCUAGACGCAACAAUAACGUCCAGUGAGCUCAAUGGACCUGCGGUACUUGCCGAGUCGACUGCGUCCUUGUGGGAGACCAUGAUCUUCAUAAGAGAAUCUCACAACCCCGGUCUCUUUGGCGUGACUGCUGAGCGGGCUUUACACUGGCUAUUCGGCAAAUGGACUCCUAGCAACUUCGCAGACAGGUUGUACAUACAGCAGAACUCGCAGCAUUGCGGACCGGCCGAUAUCCUCAGGGUUCUGUUUGCAUGCACGAAUCGGGCGUGGACCCGAGAUGCGGAGCCCCAAGUCGUGGUCCUUGGGCCUAUCGCACAAGCCUGGUCGUAUUGUUCUCACUACGCAGGCCUUUUGGCCUAUCUUCUCCUGUCCACCUCGCAAUCUAGUUUCCAGCGCUGCGUGGAAGAUCCUCAGAUCGGCUCGCGGACCGCAUCGCCCCAAGCAGGACAAGGAUCACUCGCGCAGGACACGUUGGUCCUCGAAUACUGCAGCGCGGAAGCCGACAAGACUAGACAAAAAUGGCGCGAGUGGGUCAUUGAGAAGCCACAGAACAUCAGUGUUGAUAUGGUUCACUCGGUUGUUGGUCUCUGCAUUGUGAACUCUUUCGUGUCAAGUCUCUCCGACAGCCGAAAUGCCCGCCGCUGCGAGGACCUCAAGCGUGUCACGAACACAGUAAUAGAGACCGUUACUGGUUUUGCCUCUCGGCACGAUUGCAAGCAACAAAGCGUCGACACAAUGCUUGAGAUCGCCGCUCAAUACCUUCCUGACAUCCGACAUAUCGAGAGUCUUGAUCGGGCCUUCCUGGCGAAGACAGGUAUGUCUUCAUUCGUGUUGCACCUUACCACUGCUCUCGAAGACCGUCGGAAAUUUGAAGACUCUCCCGGUGGCCACGCUGUAGACGACGAUUUCAUGGACAUUGAUAAUGGUUUCGGAUCUCAGCAGAGUCAGAAAGCUUCCCAGCGGGAGACACGCGGCGGCCCUCGUCAUAUUUGGGCGGCUCAAAGCGACAUUGUAUCUCUCCGUUCAUCUGUCUCAGCCUAUAUGAAGCUCUUGUCGAUAGCGCUCGAACCCAUAGGAAGCAGUGUCAGCAGUAGUACUGUACCUGCCGUUUUCAUAGAGCAUCUAUUAUCAUUGCCUGCGGCAGAUAUUCUCGCGUGUCGUCCAUUCCUCGCAGCUCUAUUGUCGUCACCGCUCAGGGUGAACACAGAAAACUCUGAAUACCUCUUGGAAAAGAUUGGCACAAGCUUCUUAUCUACUUAUGACUACGAGAGGUGCGAGUUGGCCAUGGCCCUGAGUCUCGACAUCAUGGCAGGUAUCCUACCGCUUUGGUCAGAUCCAGCGCACAGUGCGCUCAAUGAGCUCGGUGGAGACCUGUAUGAGUGGUUUGUCAACACAGCGCUCAAAACAGGCAUUUCAUCGCCGAAUGUUCAAAUCGCCAUGACCCGAAUAUUCCAUGGACUUCUGAAAUACAACCCCGGCUAUGGACAAGCCUCGGCCCUACCCUCCGUGCGCACCAGCCUUUUCAGUCUUUUGCAAGAGGGGGAUAUCACCGUCAAGUACUGUGUUGCCCAAAACCUAUCCGAGGUUUUCAAGCUGUUCAUCCUCGCCAAGCACGAUGCAAUCUUCGAUGAUGUUAAUAGCAGUCUACCGAAAGAGUAUGACUGGCAUGAAGGUAUCGCACUUCGUCUGCUUGUGCUUUCGCGUCUCGGUUCAAAGUGGCACACUCUCUUACGCCGCUGUGUGUAUCACAUUUUUGAAACCGCUGGUAUGGUCAGAGACUCUGCGGUCCAUGCGGCCCACUGCAUUGGCGAAAUCUCAGAUUCUCUGCACCUAGAAUCUCCGCAAGCUCUUUUUAGGAUGUUCGCGCAACAACUUCUUUAUACAUGGCUCGAAGGAUCACAGCCGAUUGCUACCGUUCCUUAUGAGAUAUUCCGUUACGCCACCUUAUCAGCUUUGCUAUACGACUCAGAGGAGGAAGCCAUCGCCCAGCUCAUCAUCCGGGGGAACGAUAAAGAUAUAGGAGCAUUUACGGACAGUAUCAAAGCUUCAGUUGACGUCGUGCUUCAACGACGGUUCGGCAAGGCUGCGGCGUACAGCAUUUCUUGGGAUACCUGUUACGGGGUUUCACGAGACAAGGCAGCGCCAAGCUGUGAAGCCCGUCUUCGCACUUACAUCGGCCAGGAGCGGUAUAUCAACCUCAUCCACAAGUGGUUUCCGUACAUUCUCGGUAUCAUAUUUGUCUCUGCAGAGCAGGAAGACCAGGUUGAGAAGGCGUUUGCAAAGCGAACCACUUUCGAUCACGCGGCCGGAAUUCUGAAAACCAUGAAAGCCAUCAGCUCCUCCGCGACUCUUCUGCCCGCGAACCAACAGCCGUCGUUCAAUUCCAAAUAUUUACUCGAGCAGAUAGAGCGAGUAUGUCGUCGCAUGGCAUAUGAUCCUGUUAGCUUUUGGACGCCAGAGAUCUACGUCUAUGUAUUGCGGAUGCUACUCGACAAUAUCCACCCGGCGUUGGGUUCCCUCCACGCUUGCUCCAUCAUCCGCAAAAUCCGAGUCUUGGUUUCUUUAGCCGGAAAAGUUGCGCUUGCAGGAUAUCCUUUGCAGGCGUGUCUCCACGCUUUGCGGCCCUUCGUCACUGACGGACAGUGCGCAGAUGACGCUUUGGGCAUUGUGCAGUACCUGUUGGAGCAUGGCCGCUCAUCUCUCACCGUCAAUAUCUCCUUCAUCAGCGGCAUCGCUCUUUCCUCCUUGAUUUCCCUGCGAGCGUUCUUGGACUCUUCGCAAGACAGCACUACACAAGAGAGCCAGCACGUGGCUACAUUGAGCAAGGUGCAGACUUUUCACGACUGGUUGGCUGCAUACGUUACGUCCUUGGAAUCGGCUCAGUCCGAUGGCAUGAACGGCGAAGGCGAUGAACGCACGUCCCGCAGGUCGUUUCUAUCUCUUAUACAGGCCGCCUGCAACGCUCGAGCGCAGGGCAACGCCUUUAGAGGCUCAGCAGAAAGCCAGUUGCUAUUGGAGCUUUUGAAUGACGAGAAAAGCGGCCGGCGCCUUCUAAGCGCGCCUUCGCACGAGCUCGCCCUUAACUUGCUAUGUCAUGACUUCCAGGUACCCCAGUCUUACAGAGAUGAUGUACUGGGAGUCGACGAUGCAGCGGCAAGAUAUGCGGUUCAGGUGUGGAAAUCUUGUCAGCGCACUGGAGCAAGCAGAAGCUAUCUUUUGUGGGCGGCGAGAGUGAUCGGACGCGCUCACAGCGCCAAUGGGGAUUUGCAACGUGGUCUUCGAAACGCUGUUACCUCAUCCAUAAAUGGAAUCAGGAUGACCAGCACAGUAACGGAUAGCUCAGUAACGUCCAUCGUUCGGAUUGUUUCAACAUAUUUGCUCAGCGAUGUCCCUUUGGAAGUGCAGUUGGCAGAGCGUACUUUGCGCUCGGUGUUAUCCAAUGCCAAGUCAGCAGAAAUGGUCUCAGAAGUGGAAGAAUCACUCUCUCGAGAUAUAGUUUCAGCGCUGUCGAUGCCCGAUCCUGGCAAUCCUCAGCGACCAACAUCAUCAGGACUGAAGCUUGAGCAGGUUGCUCAAUAUCAGCCAUCGAUGCCUUACGACUCCUGGAUCCGUCAGCUCGUCCUCACAGUGAUUCUAUCCGCUGGCCAUGAUGCAGUCAUCGGGUCACUUCCAGACAUCAUCUCCGGGAUUGCUGGCCUGGCAGAGCGGCUGUUCCCGUAUGUUCUCCAUGUUGUCCUUAUGCAAGAGUUAGAAGGUGAGCAAACGGUACGUCCGGUGGUUUCCGCAGCCUGUCAAGAAUGGUUUCGACACGCCGAUACCAUAACGGCACCCUACAUUCGGGUUUUUCUGGAUGUUAUCCUGUAUCUCCGCACACAGCCUCUACCUCGUGAAGCUACUCGGGCAGAUCGUGACCGUUGGCUUGAGCUCAAUUACCUUGAAGCAGCUCAUGCGGCAGCCGAAUGCGGCAUGUAUACGGCAUCUUUGAUGUUCGCCGAGAUCUACGUCUCACCCCCUGUGCGCAAUACAAAGCGUUCGUCAACGGCGUUCGUUCAGCCAUCGCUCCCAACCGAACUCCAACUGUCCAUCUAUAAGAACAUCGACGAGCCGGAUUCAUACUAUGGUGUUCGACAACCGCCGAGCCUCUCUACAGUUCUAGAUCGGCUCGAUUACGAAGGCGAGGGAUUUAAAGGCGUACUGUUCCGGAGCGCUCGCGUCGAUAGCCAGAUGCGCCGUCUCAAUCACGCUCUACCGGCUGACUCCCAAGGCCUUGUCAGCUCAUUGACAAUGCUCAACCUUAACAACCUAACGUACUCAUUGCUCACCCAAGAAAGACCCGGUGAUUCUGGAAGCGACAUGACGAACAGCCUGUUACAUGCCGCACGGAAGCUGGAACAGUGGGACCUCAGAGCACCGGAGACAGACCGUGCCGAAUCAGCUACCAUAUUUAGGGCAUUCCAAGGGCUCAGUACUGCUGCAGACAUAUCGAGCACGCGGAACUGCCUCGACCGCAGUUUUAUCGAGGCCUUAAGCAGGACUACUGAAACCAGCAUCAAUGCGCGAUCCAUGCAAUCCGCUCUGCGUACUCUGGCAGUGCUAGCGGAGGCCGACGACGUGAUGAGCUCCCGCGACGCACACGACCUGGAUGAGACGUGGCAAAGGUUGCGCUCCCGGGAGCAUUGGAUGGAUACAGGCCGCUACGAGGAUGUUAGCGCCAUUGCUUCUUGCCGCGAAACACUCUUCAGCUUACUCAGUAGCAGCUCACAGCUCCAAAACAUCAUCCAUACGGCCCCAAAAGAAACACGAGCUAUCGAAGUUGAAUGCCUACUUUCAUCAUCCGCUCUUGCUAGGAAGCACGGUGCAUUACAAGAUGCGUUGGCCAGUGCAACUUACCUUGCGGACCUCGUACCUGACUGCGCGAAAGUCGGUAUGAUCGUAGAAGCCACAGCUCAAUAUGAAGCCGCAAAAGUUUUGUGGGACCAGGGCGAGCAAACAACGUCGAUCGGUAUCCUCCAACAGCUCGAUGCCGACCUUGAAUCAAAGCAUAAGGACUCGGCUGUGAGGAGGUCAAGUUUACUUGCAAUGCUGGGACACCAUAUGGCGGAAGCGCGGAUGAAGAAACCAGACGAAGUGACGAAAGACUAUCUGAUUCCAGCCAUUAAGGAACUCAAUGGUCAAACACAAGGCCGUGAAGCCGGACAAGUCUUCCAUGAGUUUGCAUCCUUCUGUGAUAAGCAACUCCAAAGUCCCGAAGCGCUAGAAGAUCUUGCCCGUAUGCAAAAGAUGAGAGACAAGAAAGAGAGCGAGGCGAAGGAGUACGACAGGGCAUCUAAGUCCGCGAAGACGCCAAGAGAGAAGGACCACUACCGACAAGCUUACAAGAAAGCCAAGAGAUGGCUCGAGAUUGAUUCUGAGGAAUUUCAGAAGAUGCGCGCAAAUAGAGAGGACGCGCUACGCCAGAGUCUCGAGAACUAUCUGCUGUCCUUGCAAGCCUCAGACGACCACGAGAACGAUGUGCUGCGUGUAUUCUCCCUCUGGCUCGAGUAUUCUGAACAGCAGUUAGCUAAUAAGGCCGUGUCGAAACAUCUCAAUCAAGUGCCCAGCCGCAAGUUUGUUAUCCUGAUGAACCAGCUUUCCUCCCGCUUGCAAGCAGAGAAAACGGAUUUUCAGUCACUACUAUCAAAAUUGGUGGUAAGGAUCUGUGUCGAGCAUCCUUACCACGGGAUGCACCAGAUAUACGCCGGAGCCAUGCCGCUAGUAAGCAAGGAUGACGCAGCGAGAUCCAGGAACACAGCGGCAAAGGAUAUUUCACGCCAGUUGAGGGCUAACAAGCUCGGACACCGCUACUGGACCUUGAUACACGAGUCAAACACAUGCUAUCACGAAGUCGCCUUGCUAAAAGAUGACAACUUCAAGAUUGGGCGGUCGGCGAAGCUUGAAGAUUACGCCCAAUCUAGGAAGAUGGCACAGAAAGUCCCCACGCUGAAGGUUCCGCCGCCAACGAUGCCCAUACCUAUCCGUGCCGACUGCGACUACAGUACAGUACCAAGAAUCACCGCUUUCAAGCCGACAAUGACGAUCGCCAACGGUCUGAGCAUGCCGAAGAUCGUUACUGCUGCGGCCUCGGACGGACAAUCAUACAAACAGCUGUACAAAUCCGGCAACGACGAUCUCAGGCAAGACGCUAUCAUGGAACAAGUCUUUGAGCAAGUCAGCAGGUUACUGAAAAACCAUACGGCGACUCGCCUACGGGACCUCCAAAUCAGGACCUAUAAAGUUCUUCCUCUCAGUGCCCGCACCGGUAUCAUCGAAUUCGUGCAGAACACUACGGCCCUCCACAGCUAUCUCAUUCCCGCUCACGAGAGAUACUAUCCGCGAGACUGGAAGGCUACGAGGUGUCGGGAGGCAAUAUCAGAAGCCGGCAACCACACGAAUGAGACUCGUAUCAAGACUUUCAGACAUGUCAUGGCCAAUUUCACACCAGUCAUGAGAUAUUUCUUCCUUGAGCGCUUCGAGGAUCCGGAUGACUGGUUCGCUAGGCGUCUGGCCUACACCCGCAGUACGGCCGCCAUUUCCAUCUUGGGCUAUGUAUUAGGUCUGGGCGACCGGCAUUGUCACAACAUAUUGCUCGACGAGAAAAGCGGAGAGGUGAUACACAUCGAUUUAGGCGUUGCAUUCGAGGCAGGCCGCGUGCUUCCAGUCCCCGAAGUCGUCCCAUUCCGCCUGACCAGAGAUCUAGUCGACGGCAUGGGUUAUAUGGGCGUCGAAGGUGUGUUCCGCCGUUGCUGUGAGUUUACGCUGGAGACGCUUCGAGAGGAGCGAGAGGGUAUCAUGACGCUGCUCAACGUUCUGCGCUACGACCCACUGUACAACUGGACGGUCUCCGCGACAAAAGCGAAGCGGAUGCAGCAGGGAGAAGAGACGGAGAACCCGCCUCCAGUUGACGAGCUGGUGGACCACUCGUCGAAGAAAGAGGAGGAUGAGGCUGGUGAAGCCGGCAGAGCUCUCUCAGUGGUGGAGAGGAAACUGUCGAGACACUUGAGCGCUCAGGCUAUGGUCAGUGAGCUCAUUCAGCAGGCAACUGAUGAACGAAAUCUGGCAAUGCUCUAUUGUGGUAAGUCGGGCUAUGACCAUCUGUUCUAG